AUGAGGAAGUGGGAAGUACAACCCGGUACUCCCACUGCCUCGCGAAAUUUAUUUAAUAAGAGGCAAGAACAUUCAUUUGAGAGGCGUCCAGUGGAAAGGAGUCUGGGAUCUAAAUGGUCCGAUAUCUUAAUUCUGACGAUUGCUGGUUGCUGCCUAGCCAGUGAAUUAGAGUUGGGUGGCCAUGGUCUUACAUUAGGGGAAAUUGCUUUGGGCCACGAUGGCCACGACAUCGAUUUGAGCGAAAUUGGAGAUGUGGGGUCCGAGGUUGAGCUAGGUCACGGCUAUGGAGGUGGACACGGACACUUUAUACCCGUUGUCAAAAAUAUUGGAAUACCAGUACUGAAGAAGUACCCAUUGGCCAUUCCAAGCCUACAGAUCCAACAAGUUCCGCAGAGCUACUCUGUCCCGGUGGUUGUACCGAAACCCGUUCCUUAUCCGGUGGAGAAACAGGUCUUCACGAAGGUAGAGAAGAAAGUGCCCACGCCGAUUGAAAAGAUCAUCCCGGUAAAGGUGGAGAAGCCAGUUCCGUUCCAAGUGGUGAAGCACAUUCCUGUUCCGGUGGUGAAGCCUAUUCCCAUCAAGAUCCCGAUUUACAAAACGAUAGUGCACAGACACAAGGGGCACUGA